CGGAAGGUCGCAACAGCUCCAAUUCGAUACGAUCUCAGCUACAGCAACACUCGAACGCACUCUCAAUCAACCUUCAACUACACUAUUUUUCAAUAUUCUACAACCAUCAACACCAACCAUCAACAUGCCUGGCAUUCUCCAAAAACCUUCUCGCGAAAAUGUCCGAUACCUCGACACUGACCGACCUCCCCGGGAUCUUUUGAGAAUCUGGAAGACGACUUCAACUCCCGUUCACCCUGGUGCCGUUUCAAUGUCCGACAGUUCCAGACCUACGUCCAGUGGCAACGACGACAGCUCCGGUUCAGACAGUCCUCGCCCCUCGAAUGUUCGAACCUACCAACGCGUCGACUUUUCGCAACCAUAUGAUGUGGCCGAAAGUCGGGCCAGAAGACAAGCAGGACGAAAUGCACAAGGACUGGUCGCCGAAACACGAUCGGACAUUCGACGCAAAAAGUUUGGAUUGACCGAAGCAAUGAUGAAGAUUGAAGAACUUGAAAAGGACGUCGAAAAUAUGGACAAGAACUUCGGAAAAGUGGACGAAAUGCAAGAAACCCUCCGAAAAUUGUCGAAAGUCCUUCCUACUGCCGAACAAUCGCACGCUCACAAGUUGAAUUGCACUUUAGAGAGUAUUCACGAUGCGAAAGAAGGAAUUGAGCGCCUUGAGGAGAAAGUUUCUGCAGUUCCCGACAUUCCAGCAGUCCCAAUUGUUCCAACAGUCUCCAGCAUCGCAGCAAUCCCAGUUGUUCCAACCGUUCCCGACAUUCCAGCUGUCCCAGUUGCUCCAACAGUCCCCGAUAUUCCAGCAGCCCCAAUUGUUCCAACAGUUUCCAACAUUCCAGCAGACUCAGUUAUUUCAACAGUCUCCAACAUUCCGGCAGUUCCCAAUGUUCCACAGAGUCAGGAAAAACCAGCAAUCAAAUUCAAUGUCGAAUUGGGUUUCAAUCUCAAUGCCCCAAGUUGGAAGGCAGUCUGGUCUUUCAUGUUCUUGCUCUUCAUGUUGUUCAUGGGUUGGCUCCUCCUCGAAGCCGCGAUGUGCGGUGCCUACUGCAAGCCGAAAUACUCCUCGACCGGACACUUCAAAGUCUCAGAUCCUCUCUUCCCGAACGCCCUACCCACCAAACUUGAUGAAUGGACUGGAGAAAGAGUCAGCAGGGCUUGGCGGGCUUUCUGGAAUCCCUGAUUCAGUUUUCUGAUUUCAGUUUUUUGUUUUGUUGUUUUUUGAGCACCUGUAUCAUUUUGGGAGACAACCAAGAGUUGAGAAAAUCCUCGGCUCCCAGCAUUUGUUUUGUUUUCUGGGUUUUUUGUUGGCGCUAUAUACCCAGGGAGAUAACCAUGAGUUGAGCAAAUCCUCGGACUCCCGUUGCCUGUCUUGUUUUUUGGCGAUUGUAUCAUUUGGGAGAUAACCAUGAGUUGAUGAAAAUCCUCGGGCUCCCACCUUUGUACUUUAGAAACUUUC